AUCAGUGGCAGCUCAGCUUGGGAAGAAGCCAUGGCUUCCACCAUGAGAGUUCCUCCUCUCCCACUUCAACAUCGCCACCACCUCCUCCUCCACCUCCCUCUGUUGGUCACUGCUGCUGUGCUUGCACUUGGAGGGGCUGAAGCUGGCAAGGUUCCGGCGAUCUAUGUCUUCGGGGACUCGACGGCCGACGUGGGCAACAACAACUACUUGCAGAGGAGCAACGCCAAGGCCAACUUCCCCCACAAUGGCAUCGACUUCCCUUUCUCAAGGCCAACAGGGAGGUUCAGCAAUGGAUACAAUGGUAUUGACUUCUUAGCCAUCCACAUGGGUUUUAGGAGGAGCCCUCCAUCUUUUCUUUCCCUCACUAACAAGACCAAUCACCAAAUCUUUAAAGGGCUCAAAGGUGUAAAUUUUGCUUCUGGAGGAUCAGGAAUUCUCGACUCGACUGGGAGCACCAUUACCAUGACAAAGCAGAUUCAAUAUUUCUCCACGUUACGAUCGAAUAUUAUGACACAAAUUGCUACUGAGCCUACUUAUCAUUUGCUCUCAAAAUCCAUCUUCCUUAUCAGCAGUGGAGGCAAUGAUAUAUUUGCCUAUUUUACGAAAAAUAACUCUCCAAACACUACUGAAAAGGAUCAGUUUGUUGCUACUCUUGUCUCACAAUAUGAGAACCACUUGAAGGCAUUGUUUACUCUUGGAGCAAGGAAAUUUGGUAUAGUUGAUGUCCCUCCCAUUGGGUGCUGCCCGUAUCCAAGAAGCCUGAAUCCUACAGGUGGUUGCCUGGACAUCUUGAACGAAUUGUCUCUGGGGUUCAACAAAGCUGUGAAUUCGUUGAUGCUCAAUCUUAGCUCAACAUUGGAAGGGAUGAAGUACUCGGUUGGAAGUUCUUAUGAGGUGGUUUCCGGCAUAAUAAGAAACCCAGAAGCUCUCGGUUACAAGGAGAUCAAGACUGCAUGCUGUGGAGCCGGCAAGUUCAACGGCCAAUCAGGAUGCACUCCUAAUGCUACCUACUGCUCCGAGCGCCACCACUACCUGUUCUGGGACCUCUUGCAUCCAACACACGCGACAUCCAAGCUUGCAGGAUCAGCCAUCUACUAUGGCUCGCAACAAUUUGCGAGUCCCAUCAAUUUUAGGCAGCUGGUGGAAGAUGAGAACUGAAGUUAGUGAAAGAGUCAUGUUUUAAGUUAGUCAGGCAAGUGAGAACUGCAGUAUUGCCUAGAAUAGGUUUGUUUGGGUACUAUGCUGUCACAUUACAGAAGAUGUGUGUAAUUAUUGCUCUCCUCUUUUCUCA